GCGUACUGAUAAGACCCGCGCGUCCUUUCCGACGAGGCGCGAGUAUAAGAGGCGCGUACGGUUCGGUCGAGGAACUUUUCCGCGGCACGCGCCUCCGGCGCGACACGACUCGGCGCGAGCUUUCUGGCUGUCGAAGCUGUCGACGGAGAGGAGCAGCGAGAUGACCGCCCUCGGCCUCGACAAGCGCAUGAGGCUGGCCGCGCCGGACGGCGGAUGGGGAUGGGUGGUCCUGGCCGCCGCCCUCGUCGUCAACGUGCUCAUCCCCGGCACCGCCAAGUCCUUCGGCGUGCUGUUCGUCGAGUUCGUGAGGGUGUUCGAGGCGUCACCCACGCAGGCGGCCUGGAUUCCCGCUCUCUGCUACUUCCUCUACAGCUCUCUCGGGCCUCUCUCGAGCGUGCUGUCGACCAAGUACUCGUACAGGAGCGUGUCGCUGGUCGGCGGCCUGUUCGCCUCGAGCGGCUUGAUGCUCAGCUACUUGGCCAACUCGGUGACCUAUCUGUACUUCAGCUACGGGAUCAUGUUCGGAAUCGGCGCCGGACUCUGCUUCCCCGUGACCAUCUACAUCGUCAGCGAGUACUUCGACCGGCUGCGCGGCCUCGCCACCGGCAUCACCAUCUCCGGAAGCUGCAUCGGUUCGGUCAUAUUGCCGCCCCUGCUCCAGUGGAUGAUCCAGCAGUUCGGCUACAGGACGGCGGUGCUGAUCAUGGGCGGCGUCCUGCUCAACACCGUGGCGGUGGCGCUGCUUUACCACCCGGUGGAGCGCCACAUGCGGCUCGUGGCGGACGACGAGCCGGACAAGCGGCGCAGCCGGCAGCCGGCCGGCGUCGACAAGGAGUCGGCGGUGGAGGCCCAGCCGCCGGCGCCGGCCUCCUAUCUAGCCUCGCACCGCAGCAGCAUCGUCUCGAUGGUGGGCUGCGUCACGCUGGACCCGCGCCGCGGCUCCAGGAUCAGCCUGUCGCGCCGACUCGCCAGCAAGCAACACCAGUCGGCGCUGGAGGACGCGGCGGCGGCGGCGGCGGCAGCGGCGGCCGGCGGCAAGGAGGCGCCCGCCGCGCCCGCCGCCCCCGAAGCGGCCAGCGAGGAGCGCGCCGACGACGAGCGAGUCGAGGGCGCCGAGCCGGUGGUCGACUGCCUGGGCCAGCUGUCCAUCCUCAGGGACCCGCUCUACCUGGUGAUCCUCGUGUCGAACGCCGCCUCGUCCAUCACCAACACCAACUUCAUGAUCCUGCUGCCGGCGUACGCGCUGUCGCGGGGCCACUCGGUGGACUCGUCGGCGCUGCUGCUCUCGGUGGUCUCGCUGCUCGACCUCGUCGGGCGCUGCGGCGGCGCCGCCCUCUCCGACAUGAACUUCAUGCCCAAGCACUAUUACUUCGUGGCGGGCCUCGGCCUGAGCGGCCUAGCGCUCAGCCUGCUGCCCGUGGCGGCCGUCGGCUACGCCCAGCUGGCCGCCCUGUGCGCCCUCUUCGGCCUCGCCUCGGGCCUGUACAUCGGCACCACGGCCGUCGUGCUCGCCGACAUGCUCGGCCCCGAGCGCCUCACCGCCUCCUACGGCAUCUCCCUGUUCGUCAACGGCGUCUGCCAGCUGGCCGGGCCGCCGCUCUGCAACCUCGCCUACGAGCGCCUCGGCUCCUACCAGGCCAUCUUCACGGCCCUCGGCCUCGUCUCCGUGGCCGGCACUUGCCUCUGGUCCAUGCUGCCGCUCAUCCGCAGGCUCAAGCGCCGCCAGCCCGCCAGUCCCGCCUGAUCCGGCUCGCCCUCGUGUCGCUUCUUGUACAUAUGUUCCAGCUAAUUUUAGACCCGCUAACGCACAAUUGUGUAAAUAUAAUUACGCCACGAUAUAUCAUGUAAAUACGCUCGCGACAACUGUAGCUACGCGCGUCCGCGUUGCUCGGAUUAUCUAAUUGCGUUCGAAUGCCUGUCUCACGGUCGUCACUACACACACGAUCCGACUCGCGAUAUGCCGACUCAAACAUGACUACCUUCUUCUUCUUCUUCUUCUUUUUUUCUAAUAAAGGUCUAUUUCGUCGAUACUUGUGCGUUACUGUU